UACAGAACGAACGAAGAGAAAGCUGAAGCCUGAAAGCGCCGACGAGUUGACGACCGCCGCUAGCCACCUCCAGGAUCUAGCCUGCCACCACGAAGCGACGCCCCGCCGCUAGUCUCCAGGACUACGACCGCACCGUCCGCACGACGCCCUGCAGUCCGGCAGUCCGCUGUCCACGCUACCUGCAGUAACCUGUAAGCAACUAAGCCGGGUCCCCAUUUUCUCAGGACCGGCCCUGAUGGGGGUGAACCAGCAGAGAUGUGGACAGAGGGUGGUGAUGGCGGUGCUUUUGGUUAUGGGAGUGUGCUUGGUGGGAUAUAUUCUUGGUCCGCCAUUGUAUUGGCACCUCAAGGAAGGCUUAGCAGCAGUCAGCCGUUCUUCUUCUUCCUACUACUCGUGUCCUCCUUGUACCUGUGACUGCAAUUCUCUACCCCUUCUCUCCAUCCCUCAAGGAUUAAGUAAUGCUUCCUUUUCAGAUUGUGGAAAGCAUGAUCCUGAGGUGGGUGAAGACACGGAGAAGAAUUUCGCAGAGCUCUUGUCUGAGGAAUUAAAGUCGCGAGAAGCUGAAGCCUCUGAAAACCAGCACAAAGCCGACAUUGCACUGUUAGAGGCAAAGAGGAUGACAUCUCAGUACAUGAAAGAAGCAGAUAAGUGCAAUUCUGGGAUGGAGACUUGCGAGGAGGCCAGAGAAAAGGCCGAUGUGACCCUACUGGCACAGAAGAAGGUGACUGCAAUGUGGGAGUCGAGGGCACGCCAGAUGGGGUGGAAGGACAAGACUUCCAAGUCUCAAUGAAGCUCAUCAUGUACCACUGAUUCAAAAUGUUUCCACUAACUCAGCCUCAAGGCUCUUUCAUUUCUGAAAGAUCAUGAAAAAUUCUCUCAUAACCCAAAAUUUAUUUCUUGUUUUGUACACUGUAUCAUUUGCCAUGUGUGUCUCUACCAAGUGGUAGUAUAGAAGUUGUUUAUUCACUUUUUUGCUGAAAAAUGUGUCAGAAAAAAUGUUCGUUCUUUUAAAUAGCAUGAAUAUUUCUUUUAAAAUGUUUUUGGAAAAUAAUAUGGAAUGAGAGAUUAUUUGUGGAUCCUUAAGAGGAACACAUGUGUGCAUAUUCUCU